AUGGAAGCACAGGAAGGAGCAGGCAGCCCAGAGCCCAACAAAGAUAUCCAGAAACUUCUGAAGCCCUCCCUCUCAGGAGAUCUGUCCAAAGAGCCUCAUCAUCAUCAUCAUCCCCCAGGCGAGGAAGAGAGCAACAUUUCAGCACACAACUCAUCGCUGCUUCAUGUGACUGAGAGAAGACAGCCCCUCAGCAGCGUCUCCUCCCUGGAGGUGCACUUUGAUCUGCUGGAUUUGACAGAACUGACAGACAUGUCUGAUCAGGAGCUGGCUGAAGUGUUUCCAGAUUCAGAUGAGGAAAACCACAACGAGUCACCUGCAAGUCACCAGCAUCAUUCGCUGCAUCGUAGUGGCUACAUGCGGUCUCCCUCGUGGACACGCUGUACUAAGGCGGAGCAGGUACGAGAGAGAAAGCACCACAGCGACUCAGACAGCGUCGAGCCCCUCCACAAGCUAGAGCAGCCCAAACGACCCUGA